AUGCAAAAGCGAAAGACACGCGUGAGCAACCCCUGCGACGGGUGCUCUUUGCGGAGAGUACGAUGCAAUGGAGGGCCCCCAUGCACCGAGUGCUGGAAGCGCUCCUUGGAAUGCACGUUCCUUCGAGUUCCUCGCAAGAGAGGCCCGAAAGGACCUCGGAUGAGUACUUCCAACAAAAUAGUGCAGUACCAGGAACAGAUUCGGAAUGAUCAAGAAUUUCAAUCAAGCACCGAGAGCCCGAAAACCCCACAAACACCUUUGGAGUCGCCUCUUUCAACUGGCGAGGAUUGGCAAGUUCGACAACGCCGAAGACAAUUUUCGAGACCGCAGAGCAGUUCCUUGGAUAGCCCACAACUAUCUCCUCUGGGGACUCAAGGUCACGACAAUGCCAAUUUGCCACUUCGGCUUUACAUCAAAUACUUGACCAAGUUUAAGGACUGUCUCAUCUGGGUCUGGCCGAUUGUGGAUAUCGACUCUUUAGUAUCCCGACUCGUCAGAAACUCCCCCGAUGACUACGAAGCCUACGCACUGGCUGGAGCGGUCUGCGCCACCGUCAUCGCGCAACUUCGACUUUCUCAACUGCGAUUUUCGAAGCAAAAUGGGUCCAUGUCUGACCUAAACGACAUUGCUGAAAGCUUUGCCCGUCACGCGCAAUAUUUGCGUGACCAACACAGUUACCGGGAGAGCGAAUCUAUCGACUCCCUGCUGACCGCAUUCUUCUUGCACAUCUACUUUGCCAAUACGGAAAGAAUCCGAGCUGGGGCGAUGUACUUGCAUGAAGCCAUUGCCCAACUUUCUCUGCAGAACCUACAUCGUCCGGAAACAUUCGAUCAACUUCCAAACGAGCAGAGGGAGCUCAUGUUGCGGAUCUUUUGGCUGGUGUUUGUCACUGAGCGCCCCCCUGAAAACGAGUUAGGCGAGGCCAGCAUAGCUGACUCCUCUUCCAGAACUUUCUGUGUUCAAAAUGGGUUUCCUACCUGCCUCUCACCUAUUCAAGAUUGGCCGUCUUUGGACUGCCUAAUACCAGGAAUAGGUGGGCUGGAUCCAUCAUUUCAGAUGCUUGCUCAGCUUUUCACGCUACUCGAUGAUAACCUCCUGAUGACAAGAGAAAGGCUGACCCCAAAGUCGGACCCACGCACCGAAGACAACCUCUACCGUGGUGUGUCGGCCAUGGCUGAGUGCAGUGUUUCAGCGAUUGGACCGACACUCCCUGAAAUUCAGCGAGUCAACGUCAUGGUCACUUGGAACUGGAUUCACAUCCUCUGGUGGCAAUACGCUCUUCGACACUAUCAGAUGUCAAGUAACAUGGAUGACGCCAUGCUGAGCAUGCUUAGACCCGCCUCAGUUGCUCACGAGACCGUACAGCUUUUCUCAUCUGUCUCCAAACAGGCGAUCCAGACCCAUGGAUACGGAAUGGAGUUGAAGAUCUUCCGCAUCGCCGACUCCUUAGUGGACUUACUGGCCUGCAACAGGAGACUUCCGAGUGGCCCUAGGCCCACUGGCACCGGCAUGCUUCUUGGGGCGAGAGACACGCUACACGCACUCCAGAGCGCCUUGAUUCUCAUAGGGGGUGAAGAAUCUUUGUUUCAUAAGAAGCUCCAGCUUUUCAUGGCCGAGGUACAGCUUCCAGUGCCUAAUGUUCGGCCAAUAGGGCUUGCAGAUCCAGAAGCCGCUACGGACGAUGACGAGGAUGAAAGGAAUGUUGGGGAAAAUCAACUUUUCCCUCAGUGUUAUAUUUAG